GGAUUACUGGGUCUCAAUAUACCAUCAAAUAUUUGUUUUCUCAGGAAGAGUUGGGAAACGUUGUGGAAUUCUGGAAUCUACAGUAAAAGAACUGAAGAAUAUUUUAAAGCUUGACAGAUGCAUUCCAGACUGGAAAACUGCUGCAUUAUUGCUCCUCCUCCUCCUCCUCCUUCUUUAGAGAACUGACUUCUUAAAACGGAGGUAAGAAAGGAGAAUAAGCUGUAAGAAAAUGCUGGGAUCCGAACGUGGUGUGGUGGAAGAAUGGCUAUCAGAAUUCAAGGCAUUACCUGAAAAUCAAAUCUCCGGUUAUGCAUCAACGUUGCAUCGGAAAAAAUCACUGGUGCCAGCUCUUUAUAAGGUUAUUCAGGACCCAAAUAAUGAGCUCCUGGAACCUGUCUGCCACCAGCUCUUUGAACUCUACCGUAGUUCUGAAGUUCGACUCAAGAGGUUCACGCUGCAGUUCCUGCCAGAAUUGAUCUGGGUUUAUCUGCGUCUUACUGCCAGCAGGGACAGACAGAGUAAUGGUUGCAUUGAAGCACUGCUUCUUGGGAUUUACAAUUUGGAAAUUGCUGACAAAGAUGGGAACAACAAAGUUUUAUCUUUCACCAUCCCUUCAUUAUCCAAGCCGUCAAUAUACCAUGAGCCUUCUACUAUUGGAUCCAUGGCUUUGACUGAGGGAGCCCUAUGUCAACAUGACCUCAUCAGGGUGGUUUAUAGUGAUCUUCAUCCUCAGAGAGAAACCUUCACUGCACAGAACAGGUUUGAGGUGCUCGGCUUUCUCAUGCUGUGCUACAACUCUGCUAUUGUCUACAUGCCUGCCUCCUCCUAUCAGUCACUUUGCAGGAUGGGUUCCAGGCUUUGCGUGAGUGGAUUUCCACGGCAGCAUGAGAAACGCUGGAAAGAAUUCUGUAACAGAGUGGUACUAGAUCCUGACUUCAUGGUGCAACUGCUCACAGGUGUCUAUUAUGCCAUAUAUAAUGGACAGUGGGGUCUUGGCCAGGAGGUAUUGGAUGACAUAAUUUACAGAGCACAGCUUGAACUUUACUCUCAGCCACUGCUGGUUGCGAAUGCCAUGAAGAACUCGUUGCCCUUUGAUGCCCCUGAUAUGUCGCAAGAAGGCCAGAAGGUGCUGAAGGUGGAGGUUACUCCUACAGUGCCCAGGAUCUCUCGGACUGCCAUUACGACAGCUUCCAUCCGCCGCCAUCGCUGGAGGAGAGAAGAUGGCUUUGACUUCUCAAACGAGGCUGACUCAAGCAUUCCUGGCUCCCCGAUCCAACACGGCUCCACAGACCUAGGGAUCAAACGUGAGCAAGAGGGGGAGGUGCUGGUGCGCAGGACUCCUGAGCAUGGCUCACCGGAGCCCACCUUGACAGCAGCCACAACAGAGGAUACUGAGGGUAUAAAUGGAAGAGAGGAAUCCGUGAACCUCAAUGAUGCUGACGAAGGAUUUUCAUCAGGAGCUUCCCUUAGUAGCCAGCCAGUUGGGACCAAGCCUCUAUCAUCCUCAUCCCAAAGGGGCAGUUUAAGGAAAGCUGCAAGUGGGCGUUCAGCUAAGGAUAAAGAAACAUCAUCUGCCACUAAAUCCAAUGAGAGCCCUCGAGAUUCAGUAGCUCGGAAGCAGUACCUGCACCAACCAACUGACCUUACUGCAGAAACAAUUGAGAUGACACCUACAAAGAAACACCUCAGCUUGCCUGCUGGGCAGGUGGUACCAAAAGCCAGUAGCUUGAGCCUGAUCCGGACCGCCAGUGCUUCCUCCAGUAAAUCAUUUGACUAUGUGAAUGGUGGUCAAGCAGCUUCCAUUGUUGGGGUUGGCACUGAGGGUGUUACUAAUCUAGCAGCUGGCAAUUCCAAUCGGUUUUCAACUAUCAGUCUACAGGAGGACCGGCUAGGCCAAGCUGGGGAAGGUAAAGAUCUCCUUACCCCAGGGGCUCCCCUUACCAAGCAGUCUCGAUCCCCAAGUUUCAAUAUGCAGCUGAUAUCCCAGGUGUAGCUUUGACUCCCCUCUUCCUCUUUAACCAACAGACAGUUCAUCCUUGGGCAAAAACAAGAACCUUCAUCCCACAGUGUGAAAAUACUGACCAGUGUGAUCUCAUUUGAUUCAGUUUAGAUAUCAUCCUGUAUUUUGUAUGAAACAGCAAUAAAUCUCCCCUCACUCCCAGUCCCCACCCCUUGUGAACAUGGUUGUGAAGCAGUAUAAAAUGUACUGUAUGCCUUUUCCACACCUUCCUUUCUCCUUGGGUGAUGUGCAAUCCAUCGUAGGCUGAUCAGUCCCAUUUCAACACUGUGAGACUGGUGAUAUUGGAGGAAAUGGUGAAUGUGAUCCCUAUGAGAUGAUGCUUUGGCUUUGUUAAGAAAUAGAAACGGGUUAGUUUUAUCAGUCUACAGUACUGCAAAGACUAUUGGAUCAUGAUUUUUCUUAGAACCAGGAGUGCCUCAGAGAUUCUAAUGUGACUUUGGACCUCUCUGAGUUUGUGCAAUCAAUUCUGGGGGAGGGGAAUGUCAUUGUUGCUCCUGGCUGACCAAUGCACUUUUCCAUUAAAAUGAGAAUUGUUCUUUUCCUUCCCCACCCUCACCUCCACUCUCCUACUUCUGAAACUCUUCCUGUUCAACAGUGGAGACAUGCCUAUUACCAAGUCGUUGCCCCUCAGAUAAAGAGAGGGCUGUAAGUAGAGAACGUAGGUCACAGUGUACUACUUAUGGCGUUGUAGCCAUAUUUAUGUUAUAUGUCUUCCCCUCCAGGACACAGGGUCAUUCCGCUUACACACUGGAAUUUGGAAAGGCCAAACCUGUUGAAAUAAUUCAAAAGUGGGAAGGAGAGAUACUUUCCCAGAAAUAAUUAACUACUAGCUCUGCUUCUGUUUGUGUGAGGUGAUGAUCACUGACUUGAAACAAGCGCAUCUUCAGGUAAACAGAGGGAUUCUCAGGCUGCAUUCUGUGGUAUCAUAGCUGUUAGGGAGCCCCCCUCCUGCUUUCUUAGGUGUUCCUAGCUCAGUCACAGCAUAGAUUAAGAAAUCUGUAGUCCAGACAUAAUCCUCCAAGGAGAUGCAUCAGGGAUUGAGAUAAAGGUUUGCUGGAAACACUGAAGCGUCAAUGUGCAACACUCUCUAGAAACAAUGUUGGUAUAACGGGGUACUCAGUCUUUUCUCCCAGAAGGACCACACUUCACUGCCUUUGUAUUUACAAUCCAUUGCAUUUUGUAAAUAUUAUCUGAUCAUUUUGCUGACGGAGGCAGGCAAUCUCCUAGAAAACUCUGAACUCAUGCCAUUGAGCCAAGUCCUGAAUCUAUGUGAUUGAUGUAUGGGCAGCAAUUGGUACCUGUGCUAGAGAUCACUACUUAAAAGUACAUUUCUGAUUACAAAGGAGGAUGUUCAUCAUAUUUUAGCCUGUGUCUUUCUUUGGAGAACUAAGGAGAGAAGAGGAAGCUCAGUCUUUUUUCUCUACUCUGUUGUGACCUGGAAGUUUACAGGGCAUUAACCCCUGGAACAGAUUAGAGUUACAUUUUUUCAUUAUGUAGGCACUUUUGUUUUAUAAUUUUCACUGUGAAAAAAUAUACACAAAUGGCUACAAAUAACAGGCUAUCUUUUGAUUUAUAAAGAUUGUACGAAAUUCAGAACUAAAAUGGCAUUACAUUGCUAGUGGUUAUUUAAUGGGUUGGUUGUUUAAAUGUUAUUUCGAGCUUUCUAUUCUUCUCUUUUUAACACCCUCAUUUCAAGUAGCAUUUUUCCAAAGUGACUUUCAAACUUCUAGUUUAAACAGGUAAAGGAAGACAUUUUUAUGGUUAAAUGAGUUACUUGGUCACUUAAUCUUCAUAUUUCACAUUCAAAGAGGAAUGAUAACAUUAAACAGCAUUCAGAAUUAUGCCAAAAUUUCAGUUAAACACAAACAUUCAGUUAAGAAAAAGGAAAAAAACACUUUAUUGUCUCUUUAAAAACUGCAGCUAAGUCUCAAGGACUGCCAGGGAUGCAUAAAGUGACAGAACAAAGACAAAAUCAGGAGUAGCCAAGAGGUAGUGCCCUUGAGUAAAGUUGACCUAAAAAAUAUGUACUGUGAAAAAUAGUGAUGCUUCACAACAUAGCAAGAGAUGGCUACACUUGUCAGUUUAUUUUCUAGAGUACUGGCAAUGGAGACACUUGAUAUGAUGGCUGUGGUUGUGCAGAAGCUUGUCUGAUGUUUUUAAAGAGGAGUAGAGAUGUAUUCGGAACAGAUUAAACCAAAAAAAGGAAAUAUUACUGAAGAUAAAUAUAAUUUCAAAUUGAUAAGGACCAAAUUAUUCCUUUAUAUUAGUUCUUGAGGUGGAAAUGUAAGUCAGGCGGUCAGGCUAGUUUUGGAAGAAUCCCAAUAUAUUUUUUCAAGUGUUUAUUAUAUGUGUGUGUGUGUGUGUGUGUGUGUGUGUGUGUGUGUAUAUGUAUAUAUAUAUAUAUUAUAGUAGAGGUAUAUACAAAAAAAUACAUAGUGAUGUUUGUUAGCUCUGCUAUCGAGGUUCUAUAUUUUCCAUUGUUAGUUUUCAUCUAAGGGAUUUAUAACUCUUCUAAAAAUUUUGCAUCAGGCUAAAACUUACCAAAUAAAUUUCCAUAUCAUGAUCCAUUUCUUUUACAAAAUGCAGUUAAACCAGUUCAGCAAAAUGAAAUAGUCCUGUGAUUUCAAAUGGGGAGUCAAAUAUGGGUGCUCAAAUUUGAAUUAAGAUUUGGUCACUUUUUUUAAACCAGUUUUGCAGGUAUUUAGUCCUUAUUUUGGUGGAGUGCCUUUUGUUAUAUUUUAUAAAUCUGUUAUAAGUAUUCGUUAAUCUGCUUUUGUGUAUAUGCACACUACUUUUGCUAUAAUAUGCUUUUUGAUAGAGUUCAAAUUUUGUCCCUAUUAACACCCUAGAUGUUCCACACUAUGGACUGACAUGAUGCACCAUAACUUGUCCAAAGGAUCCUUUGAGUGCUUCGUGUCAGACGUUCAGUGAUAACCUCUCUGUGUUCUGGAAUGACUCAUCCAUUAACACAAAUGAAGCAGCCAUUAUAAUGUGUCAUGUCAGUGCUAUAUAUCAUUAAUGUUUUUAGAUGUGUCCAUCAAUCCAUGUCAAGAUAGUUGUGAAAUAUGAUGUACUGAGCUUCAGUGAACUUCAAAGUACUGUGGCAUUAAUUGAAAUGGAAAUGCUUGGGAUACAAACAAAGAAUAAUCAGAGUUGACUUUGGAGGGUAUUGUCUGCUACUGUUAAACUAAGUACAAAACUAUUAAAAUAAUAGGUUUCUGAUAACUGUGACAUAGAUUUAGACUUAAGUUCUUUAUCCUUACCUCACUCUAUUGUCUCUCCGUAAUUAUAAUGCAUUUGGUAUGUAACAUCAUGCACUAGUUUUAGACCCUUGCAAUAGUUGAAUACAGUUGCAGUAUACAAGAGGUCAGAAUGCAGAAUACGAUAUUCCUCCUUAUCUGAGAUAGUAUAUAUGCACAACUCUGAAGUGGGGAACCAUGGGUACUGUAGCUAGGUGUAGAUACAAAUUUAAGUAAGGAUAAAUGUAUUAUCCCUUGAUUUUAGCAUAACUGUGUACAAUAAUAUGCUGGCAUUUGUAACUCAUUUUUUUCCUGGGGCUUCAUAAUUUAAGGAAAUAUAAAAUAAGUGGCUGCUAAUUAAAUCUUUGAUCAGCUUUUAAGCUAUUUUAAGUGGCUUUUUGGUUGAGCUGUGAGCCAUUUUUCAUGCAGGCAGCAAGAUGACAAGUAAUAGCUGUUUAAACAAAUGUUGCAAGUGAAGAUUAAAUACUCCACUAUCCAUCCAUUUAGUUUAGUUUUCAGAAUAUUGAGACAUUGUACCUUAUUGUACAUCUCAAAUACAGAUUUGUGUUGUGACCUUGAAAAAGCUUUUUUAGCAGUGUGAACAGCCUGUCCUUCCAUUCUGUAGCAGUGAACAUUUUAUCACACCAGUUAUGUAUUAUAUCAGAUAUUUGUAGGGUUUGCAAAUAUAAUAGUCUCAGAUACAUAAAUCUGACAUUUCCAAAUACAUUCUCAUAUUUCUCUUACUAGCUUUUAAGGUAAUUAAAAUCAUCUGCUUUGACAUUGGAAUAGUGAAAAUAUUGUUUUCUGACAAAAUAUUUUAUUUGCACUACUUUUGUGAAUAGUAGAAUGUACUGGGGAAGAGCUUUUUCUCACCAUGUGAGGUUUGUGUGUGGGUAGGUACAUACAUUUGUCACAUGUUGACAAUCAAUUGCCUCAGUUGUGUGUGUAUUGUAUAUAAAUGUAAACAUAUUAGAAAAUUAUGGGGGUAAAAUCCACUACUAAAUAGUGGCAAAUACAAAGUGGGUUGCUUUACUUUUUGGAUAACUAGUAAUUAAUUUUAAAACUUAGUUCAAGGGGGAAAAAAAUUCAAAAUAAUGAUAAAAGGUUCACAAAUAUAUUUUGAAGAUUAAUUUUGGAACAGAUUAUUCUACACUGAGGCGAUUUUUAAAUCAACAGUUUAAACUUUUUUGUCCUUCCAGAUAAGCCAGUUGCUACCUGCUUUUAAGUUUUAAGGCGUUUUAAUUUUCUUAAACCUGGAAACAAUUCAGACAAAUGGAUUGAUAAGUAAUUUCAGUUUGAUUUUUUUUAAUCAAAAAUAAAAAACUCUUGAAAAUCAAAACGAUCUGAAGAUGGAAAUGACCAAAUUGACUUUUCAAGAAAAGAAAUUUUUGAAAUUAAGUUGUACAAAAUACUGUCCCCCUAAAUUGUGGAAAAAAGUGAUAAAUAGAAUAUGAGCUAAGUUAUUAUUUAUUAUGCACUGUACAAACAGAACAAAAAGACAGUCUUGAUAUUUUAAAUACUAAAUCAUACAAACCCUAAAGUUUUGCAAUCUAGCAUUGCCUAAGUCUACAGCAUGUUACCUUAAUAUGUUAAACUUACUAUCAAGUGCAUUAGGUAUAUUUAUUGUAUCCAUUGGCAUUGUGAGAGUAGUUUGUAUGUGGACAGUGAACAUCUAUUUUUAUUUCUCGAGUCAGGAAUGAUUGCAGAACUCAAGGGGCAAAGCCAGAAGUAACCUGUGCCAGUCCAUUCCAAACACGUAAAAUAAAAAGGGUAAAUUCACUGUAGUGUACAUUCACUGAGUAUUCAGCUUAAACCAGACCAUACAAUAUUUGAUAUCUUGUUUGGUAUUUUAAACUUAGUGUUUGUUUCUAGGACCUGGGCCUUAUUGAAAAUUCCCUUGUUUCUCCUCAUUUAUUCCUUAUGGCAUUUGGAUAAUCAAGGUUGUGCAUUACCCGAACGUUUAUUUAGAUAUUUUCUAUGGCUGAAGUAUAAAUGAACAUAUAAACCCUUCUUUCAAAAUUGUCAUAAUAGAUCAGCUGAGAGCCCAGUAUAUAUACCAGCCUAUUACAUUUUGAUGGAAGACAAUGGAGAGGAGUGGGGGAAACUGAUCCGUCACUGGUACAUCAAAACAAAACACCCCAAGUGAGUGUGAGAAUAAGAUUUUGCAAGGCUGGCAUAUAUAUGUUCAUAUGACCAUUGCUAAUAUUUUUAAUAUGGCUUUUUAAAAUCCUACCUUAUUAAGCCCAGCUUACAAAGCAUAAAACAGGAAGAAAGAAAAUAGCUGUAGGCACUUAAAAUAAUGAGUAAAUUUUACCUGAGGGUUGGCUAGGGUCAGUAUCUGCGAUAAGAAUAAGUUCCAUUUAUUUUGUAGUUAUCCCUAGAAGUCUAAUAUGGAGAACCUCAGAUACAAUCUGGAUGAGAAAUGAACUUUUAUUAGUGGACAAUCUAUCCCAAGCCAGACCGUUUAAUUCUAGAUUGAACUAAAUUAGAUGCAAACUGCUGUUUCUGUUUCAAGAUUUAGUGUGAUCCCUAUGGGAGUAUAGAAAAGCAAAUUCCUUUUUAUCUUUCCUACAUGCAUGAGACAGUAUACCAAAAGAGACCAUUAAGGGACCAAAUGUAAUUAAAAUGGGGUCCAUCCUUCAAUAAAUUGUCCCUUCUAAUGUAAAGGAUUGCUUUUCUAUUCCUGUGAGGAAACAUGGAUGGAAACAGUUGUACAGUUAUUUUGGGAUCCUGGACUACAUUUUGAGCUAGGACUUUGUCAACUAAUUAUUUUGUCAUGAAUUCCUAUUACAGGUUUACAAGCAGUGAAGUGUGAGCGAAUAGAGCAGAAGACCCCUGUAUUUUGACUGAAUAUUUCUGUCAAACUACAUUUAAAAAAAAUUGAAUUUCCAAACAAAAAAAUUAAUCGGCUCUAGAAAAAUCAAGUUAAUUACUGAAAUGUCUUCAAAUGAGCAAAUAGCUAUAUUGCAUCUGUAACACAGAUAACUAAUAGUUUAGACAUACCCUCCAAUAAGACUAGACUCCUUUAUGGUGCUUUGUCACUGUAUCUUUAUUUCAGGUGUAGGACAAUUGAUCCUGCUCUUUUCCAGCACUGAAUAAGAAAUUUAACAGGUUGAUAGUAGCUUCUCUAAGUAAAUUAAAUUUCUUCUCCUUGACAUUAUAGGACUUAGGAGUGACAGAAAAUAAGCUACUGAAAUUUUUCCCUCCAGUUCAGACCAUUCACUAGUCUUGCAUAUUUUUUUGUUUAUGAAAAAUGUUAAUAGCAAAAAGUACAUGGCUUCUAAUUUGCAGUCAGUAUGAGUUAGCAGUCACUCAGGAUAAAUUACUUGUCUUCGCAAAGUAUUCAUGGGUUUGCUAGUGGUCAAAAUGUUUGUGUUCAGAUAUGACUUGGAAACACUACAUUGCACUUUUCUGCAAGAAAACAGUAAAUACUUUUGGGCAAGGGCAUUACUAGUUGGUUAUUUAUGGAAUGAAACCAUGUAAUAAAGUAAAUAACCUUAAGAGAGUCAUUUAACUGGAAUCAUUUUUCCAUAUCAAGGACAUCAGGCAAAAGCUAGUAAAGAUUUUGAAUAAUUAGGUCAUCUUAACACAACACAUUUUGGACUUACUAUGGUAGCUUUUAUUUGCUAUAAGUAAACUGAGGUACCCCAUGCUGAGUUUUUUAAAUUUGUAAUAAAUUCCUCUACUUUACAAUGAAUCUUUUGAGUCUUACUGUUCGUGUAACAAUAUAGAAUUUGCAGUCAGUUUGACUAGCAAAAUGAAACAAUCUGCAAGGAUUGAGAGAGUAUUUUCUUACUGUUUCUGUCAUACAAGGUUUGUUUCUCUGAACUAAGGUUUCUGAAGGAUUUUUACUACUUUGGCAUUUUAUGUAAUCUUAUCAUUGUCACAAAAGGAAUACAGGCAGCAAAUAACCUACUUUCUGUGGACAAAUCUGUUUGGCAAAAGGGCUUGAAUUGUGUAGAUGCCCUUUUUUCACCAGUGUGUAACCCUGCAUGUUGGUAUGCACUCACAAACAUUCAGGAUAUAGUGCUGGUGAAAAACUAAACAGAAUGGAUAGUAAAUGCAGUCUCUGUUGCAUGAUGUCCUUUAACCUGGGACCAGUGAAAAAUCUUCAUUCUUACAGAGCUGAAGAUAACACACAUUGAAGAUCAUGUUAUUGGUGCAUGUAAGCCAUUAUCUUAACUGUCUUACUGAAACUGGUUAAUGCUGUUGAUUGUUGUUGAAAUGUGAAAUGUAGUUACUGUUGACCUUGUAUAUAUUUGCCAGAGAUUAAAAAAAUAAAGAAUAUUUUAAAUCACUGUAAAUAGAGAUGUAUAAAAUGGAAAACAGUCUGCAAUGCAGAAAAUAUAUAUAUAUAUAUAUAUACAAUGUUAAAUAAAUAUUGUGUUGUUUCUGGA